AUAAUAAACCGGCGUGCAUCUUUAGAUUAGAAUAUUUAUACUCUUGCCAUGUUAGUGAACUAUCAUAAUAGUAAAUUUUAAAAUUUAUUUAUACCUAAAUCGCUCGAAUGUAUGACUAAUUAUAAAUUUUACAAUGAGUUUCGACAAAGAUGGGUCCCGAAUUUAUCAUUACGAAGCAAAGGAUAGAAGAGUGUUUCCUUUGAGCAGAAAACCGAUUUAAAGGUGCACGAAGCGGCAUUUUGGUUUUUGCUUACAAUUACAGCGGUUUCUGCCGAGUUUCUCUGAAGAUCAUGUGAUCAGUGCACUGGAGCUGAGAUUCAAGUAACUGAACAGUUACAAUGACUGAUUUUUAUACCAUGUCCAAUGAAUUCAAUAAAAAUGAAUUAUUGGCGCAUUUUAAAGAUCAGGAAAAUGUCUUAAGAGAUGGUGAUUCCUCCGAUCUUAAUGCUUUAGAAUUGGCUGACGAAAUAGUCCUUGUUCCUUCAUUUUUAAUCCUCUGAGCGGCACAGGAUUUUAGAUCCGUCAUGAAGACCGAGCAAUGGGAAAAAGCAAAAAGGCGGAUUUUCAGAAAACGAAAUUGCGUGUUGGCCGCAUUCUUCCAAAGGGUACAAAUGUGACAAAUACUUCAUUCAAAGCAAAGAAGAUUAUUACCCGAGAUCAAAGACUGAUUAAAACAAUAAAUGAAAAAUUAAAGGAUACGCUUAGUCAUGUUGAACAUACUAAUGCAUCUAAAAGGUGUGAAGCUUUGAGUAAAAUAAAGGCCCGUGUAAAACAAAAUGCAGAAGAUAUUGUUCCUGAUAUAUUUGAUAUUUUGAGCAAAGUGAUUAAAGUUCUCUAUGAUACUGAGCCUAAAGCAAGGCAUGAAGCAAUCAGUGUAAUCAAAGAAAUUUUGGAAACAACUACAGAAAUGCAAAUCAAAUGUUCUUUUCCUCUUUUGACUUCCAAUCUUAUAUGUGCCAUGACCAGUUCAGAUUUUGAAGUUCGAAAGGAUUCAUUGGAUCUUCUAAGUGCUAUGCUAGAAACGCAUCCAAAUCUGAUAUGUCAUUCAUUUAAAGUCCUUUACAACCUUCUUGACAUGGUAUCUUCUCCAUCAAGAAGAUCAAAACGGCAAAGAGCAUUGAUUGUAAAUGUAAAUAACAAACUGACCUCGCAAGAUUGGAGAAUAAAAGUUUUGACUCAACUUAGAGGGUUUCUUCGAGCUGUGCUAGCCAGUAUGAAUAAACUAAAUGAAAAUAAAGAUGAACAAGAAGUAUACUGGGAUGGUAAAACACCAUUAUAUUUACAUGUUUAUGCUGGGGGUGGCUUAAAACCACUUGAUAUAGAACAGUUAUCAAGUGCAGAGUCUUCUCUUAACUUUUGUUGGAAACCUGAAGCAGUAAAACAGUUUAUAUCUGAUAUAAUUCCUGUUCUUAUUGCUAUUUUUACUGAAGAAAUAUCUGAAUUUGCAUCUUGUUUGACAAAAGGUUAUGUUUUAUCUGUGAAAGCAGCUGAGAGUGUGCAAAUUAUACUUCAGAUUUUUGCUAUUCUCGGAGAAUGGAUUAAAAUAAUUGCAGAUGCAGACAAUGAAUUGGAUUCCUGGUUCAAACGUGAAUUUAGUAGUACAUUUUCGUAUACAUUGAUUAAGGGUUUUCCAUAUUCUGUAUCAACAAAAAGUAAAAAAUCUGAGCUUCCAUGCCUAAAAACUAAUCUGGCAAUUAUCUAUCUGUAUACUGGAUUUGUGUUGGAAUCUCGCUAUGCUUCAGAGAAAAACUGGAAAAAUAUGCUGAUAUAUUUAAAAGAGGUGUUCAAUUUAGAAUAUGAAUCACGUUUAAAUUGUAUUCCUAUGCUUCUGAAAAUUGCAGAUAACUAUCUUCAACUCUCUAAAACAAAUAUUGAAACAGUUGAUGCACUUGUGACUGGCGUAUGUUCAAUAGCAAAAGUGCAUUAUUUGUCUCCAAAUCGAAAUUUACUGUUUUCUUUCUUCAGGAAAUUACUAUUAAACCCAGAAUACAGAAAUAUUCAAAAGGCAAGCAGCUUGAAAUUUUGGUUUCAAGUUCUUUUCAGAGAAAUGAGUGAAAUGAUGUCAUCUAACUAUGUUGACCAAAAGUUAUUGAAAGACAUUAAGAAAAUAUGCACUCUGAAAUUUCCUACUUUUAUGGAAACCUUGAAAAGAGUCAGACCUAAUCAAAUGCUUCAGAUGUUGCAGUAUCCAAAUGAAGAUUUCCAAAACACGGUAAUACAUCUCAUUAUCCACAUGGACGAAUUACCAUCUGAUUUUUUACAAGACUUAUCUGAAUUAAUGUCACUUAACUCAUCAUUUUCUCUAAGGACUGCUAUUCGAAUGAUAAGAUGUUUGUAUCACAGGUUCUCAAGGAAGAAUGUUUCUCCAGUAGAUUGUGUGAAUUUUUGGAAGUUUCUGCUGAAUACUGCUUGUGAUACUGUGUUUAUUAAUGAAACAAACUGUUCUGAAGAAGAGAAUGCAGAUUUUUUCUCUGCUUGGAAACCAUUGCAGGGAAUUGCUCCAUUUGAUGUUGUGCCCAGCUCAGCGUGGAAACGACAUUCUGCAAUUUUUGAGAUAUGCCUUGAAUGCCUGAGUGUAUUUCCUGAUGAUGAGAAGAUAGCUGUUUUAACGAUAUAUUUUCUAAAGACAUUUUUGCUCAGUAAUUCAAAGUUGCCUGUCCAUUGUGCCAUUGCUGUUUUGAGACUUAACCAUAAACUUUUGCACUCUUCUUGUAUCCCUCGAAAUGAAGACUUAGAAUCAAUAGUGUAUGAUUUGAUGUAUUCAUGCCUCCUUUAUCUAAGUAUAAUGACUCAUCAAGUUCCAAAACAGGAUUGGCACUUACAUAACAUCAAUGAGUUAGAAGACAGUUUAUAUAUCAACAGAGAAUCAGUUUUUGAGCUACUUAAAGCAAUGACAAAUUCGCUAGAAGCUGAAGGUGUAACUGAUGAUGGACUUUCCUCUGUAUUAAAGAUUCUAAAAUAUUUAAUAGCAAAAAAAUUACUACUUCUUGAAGAUGCAGGAGAAGUUAUACCUUUAGUAAGAAUGAUACUGGAAGUGUCCAGCGAAAAUAUUGAAAAGGAACCUCUAUGGAGAGAUAUCUGUACAUUCUUUCGAUUCAUCUAAUAAUUUUUACUUCAUUAUGUACAAAUAAAUUUUUUGAUGGACUUCAUCAUAUUUUAUACUAUAAUUUGUAAAGAAAUGUUGAAUUGCAUUUGUACUGUACUUUUUUAGUAUCAAACCUGCAUGUGUUUCAUGUAUUCCCUAAAACUGCUAUUAAAAUGCUGUUGGAAAUUAUCUGUAA